CAACAUUUUACUUUCCAAGAUUAAAUGUCGAUUCAUAAAAUUAAUUUCAAUUUUUCGUUUAUUCACGACUGGUUUGAUAUAAAUAUAUAUAUAUAUAUAUAUACCUUUGAACUGCAAGCUAAAUAUAGACAGUCUUAGAGAUGAUAUUGUCUAGUAAAGGGGAAACUUUUUUUCAAACAAAAUUUUCAUAUGUUUUCAUUAAUAUAUUUAUUUUAUUGUAAUUGAAUAAAUAUAGUGUGUAUAAAAAAUAGGUAAAUUUUCUUAGCUUUUUUAAUGAUUAGUUUUUAAUUCGAUAAAUUUAUUCAUCCCAUUAUACCUUAUAAUUCCUUCACUGAGCCUUCAUUUAACAAAAUGUACUGUCUUUCUGAUUUUAACUCAUCAUGAGCUCUUUUCUAAAAUUUAUUCGGAGUAAAAAUACAGAAACAAUCCGAAUGUGUAUUAGAGUGUAUUUAAGCAAAGCAUAUUAAUCAAAUUAAACAUACUGCACAAAAUGUUUCAAGAAGGAGAUGAGAUAUUCUUGACGCAGAAUCGUUUUUCCCAAGAACCUGAUGAUCCAGCUGAAGACAUAUGUUCCCUAUUUGGAUUGCCAGUUCCAGAUGAAUUAGAAGAUAUACAAACUGCAGACUUUCAAUUGCUUGACCAAGAUGAUGUAUUUAGCCUCAUUGGAAACGGUAACUCAGACCAAGACCUAGAAUCGGCUGAAAUCGACGAGGACCUAGCUGCAUGGGCUGAACAAAUCGAGACCCAACAUCCAUCCAUCGCCAUUGCUGCAACUGAAACUGGUCCAGAAAACAGCAACAAAAGAAUAAAAAGAAUCGUGUCUGACGACGAGAUUAAAAGAAUUGCAGUUAAAAGUACUGCUGAUAAUACAAAGAAAAAGAUGAGAUGGGCUACAAACGUUUUUAGAAAAUGGCAGUUGGAAAGAAACGAAUUGGCGAAACGCGACGAGAAUAUAAGUUGUAUUGAACCUGAUAUAGAAGAAAUGACAAAAGAUGAACUGUGUUACUCGUUAUCUAGAUUCAUAUGCGAAGUUAUAAAAGAGAAUGGUGAAGAUUAUCCGGGUCAAACAGUAUACACGUCUUGAUUAACAUUCAAAUGCAUUUUGAACAACAAGGGAAAUGUUACAAAUUCCUGAACGACGAUGCUUUUUUACAAGUUAAAAAUACCUUGGAUUACACUAUGAAACAGAGGGCCGCUGCAGGAUUAGGCAUUAACAAGAAAAAAGCAGAAACUAUUUUAGUUGAGGAAGAAGAACUUUUGUGGCAGAGAGGGAUACUAGGCGACAGUAAUCCAGCAAGGCUAGUAGACACAAUAGUGUAUCUAAUUGGUUUACACUUCGCUCUUCGGGCUGGAAAAGAGCACAGAAACUUGAGGAUGAAGAAUUCCCAAAUUACUUUGCUGGAAAGAAAUGGAGAGACUUGCCUGAGAUAUUCAGAAGAUAUCUCAAAGAGUAACCAAGGGGGAUUAAAAACACGAAGAAUUAAGCAGAAACAAGUCUACGCCUACGAUGAUAGAACCAACCAAGAGAGAUGUAUAGUUCGACUAUACAAGAAAUACAUUGAUCAUUGGUAAGUAUAUAGAUAACCUUUAUUUGUAGCACAUUUAAUGACUUAUGUUAUGUAUAAAUUAUGCAACAAAUUACUAUAACAUUUCAAGCAAUUUACAUUUAUCAAGCUACGUCCAAAUACGAAUAAUUCAGCCCAUCCAUGUGAUCGACUUUCCCACUUGCGAGUAAUGUUACAAUCGAAAAGCAGCAGAAAAGACGACUAAAUUAUUAUGAUAAACUACUUCUAUGAAGUUUUUUUUUUUAUCAGGGACAUACCAUGUUCUUCGACAAUGACCCCAAAUGUUCUUUUUUAAUGACAUCAUGCCCAUCCAAAACAAUUAUUUGUUUACUAAAAAUUCAAAAUCAAAUAAUUUAUAUUUAUAAGAACUCGUACCCCUGAAAAGAUGAAUGGUAAGUGUCUAAAUUUAAAAUGUGAAUUUGGAGGCGAUUAAUAUUUUU